AUGAAACCAAUCGUCGCUGCUUUUCAAUCUGGCUUACGGUACGGAAAUAAUUUAAAAAUAGUCCAAUUAAAUUUCAAACGAAGUAUUACAUCGCAACAAGUGUUUGACCGCGAAGACAAAUAUGGUGCUCACAAUUAUCAUCCGCUACCUGUUGCGCUGUGCCGAGGAGAGGGUGUUUUCAUGUGGGAUAUGGAGGGUAAGCGCUAUUAUGAUUUUUUGAGCGCUUAUUCGGCAGUUAAUCAAGGACAUUGUCACCCAAGAAUUUACAAAGCUAUGGUAGAGCAAGCUUGUAAAUUAGCUCGUAAGUGGGCUUACAAAGUUAAAAAAAUUCCAGACAAUAGCGCUAAAAUAAUAUUCGCUGAGAAUAAUUUCUGGGGAAGAACUUUAAGUGCAGUAUCUUCUAGCACUGAUCCGACUUGUUACUCCGGAUUUGGUCCAUUUAUGUCCGGAUUUGAGAUAGUUCCUUACGAUGAUUUAAUUUCACUUGAAAAAAAACUCAAGGAUCCUCACGUUUGUGCUUUUAUGGUUGAACCGAUUCAAGGUGAAGCUGGUGUCGUUGUUCCUAAAGACGGUUAUCUAAAAAGUGUGAGAGAGUUGUGUACAAAGUACAAUGUAUUGUGGAUUGCUGAUGAAGUACAAACAGGACUAGGAAGAACUGGAAAACGCCUGGCUGUCGAUCAUGAAAAUGUCAAGCCAGAUAUUUUAAUUCUAGGAAAAGCUUUGAGCGGUGGUGUUUAUCCAGUCGCCGGAGUGCUGGCCAACGACCCAGUGAUGCUGAGUAUUCAACCUGGAGAACACGGCUCCACUUAUGGUGGAAAUCCUCUGGGCUGUCGGAUCGCCCUGGAAGCGGUAAAAGUACUGGAAGAAGAAAAAUUAGCCGAGAAUGCCCAAAAACUCGGUGUGAUUUUGCGUGAGGAGUUGAAUAAAUUGCCUAAAGAUAUUGUGACCUUGGUAAGGGGCAAAGGUCUCCUCAACGCAAUUGUAAUUGAUAAAAAAUUUGACGCUAUGGAUAUUUGUCUGAAAUUUAAAGAACACGGGUUGCUUGCCAAGCCUACUCAUGGUCAUAUAAUUCGACUUGCUCCGCCUCUUGUUAUUACUGAGAGGCAAAUUCAUGAAUGCUGUGAGAUUAUGUCUAAAUCUUUGAAGCGUUGCAUAAUUUCAGGAUCUCGAGAUGCGAAACAAGUAAACAGAUUUAUCAGCACAGCGCAACAAGAGAUAAUUAAACGGGAUGAACAGUUUGCUGGUCCGCACUUUAAACCCUUGCCGGUGGUUUUAGCUAAGGGUGAAGGUGCAUUUUUGUGGGACAUUGAUAAUAAAAGAUACUAUGAUUUUCUCGCGGGGUUUUCAACCUGCAAUCAAGGUCACUGCCAUCCACGAUUAGUUAAAGUAAUGAGAGAUCAAUGUGGUAAAUUACAUCACGUUUCAAGAGCAUUUUUCACGGAGCUGCAUGGUGAGCUGGGAGAAUAUUUGACGCGACUAUUCGGAUUUGAUAAAUUUAUCCCGAUGAAUACUGGAGUUGAAGCCGGAGAUUUAUCAAUAAAAUUAGCGAGGCGCUGGGGUUAUCGCGUUAAGAAGAUACCGAAAGAUAAAGCAACAGUAUUGUUUGCUAAAAAUAAUUUUUGGGGUAGAUCGAUAGCAGCAGCUUCAGCCUCCACUGAGCCUUUAUGUUUCACGGACUUUGGACCUUUUGUACCUAACUUUGAAAAAAUUCCCUACGAUGAUUUGACGGCGUUGGAAGAAGCCUUGAAAAGUAAUCCCAAUGUUUGCGCUUUUAUGAUGGAGCCUAUUCAAGGCGAGGCUGGAGUUAAAAUUCCUAAAGAUGGUUACUUGAAAGGUGUAAGAGAUUUAUGUACCAAGUACAAUGUUCUCUGGAUUGCUGACGAAGUCCAAACAGGUCUCGGUAGAACUGGGCACCGACUAGCUGUCGAUUAUGAGAACCAAAAGCCAGAUAUUUUAGUUCUAGGAGGUCCUUUGGCUUGUGCAGUAGCUCUAGAGGCGGUUAAAAUUCUUGAAGAAGAAAAACUCGCGGAAAAUGCUGCAAGACUUGGAAAAAUAGUUAAAGAAGAGUUGGAGAAAAUUCCAAAAGACAUUGCUAGUGAAUUCAGAGGACGGGGAUUACUCUGUGGAAUCCACAUUAAUAAUGAGUUUGCAAAUGGAUGGGAUGUUUGCUUAAGACUGAGAGACAAUGGUGUACUCUCGCGACCCGCUCACGGACAAUUUUUAAGAAUUUCUCCGCCUUUGGUUAUCAAAGAAGAUCAACUUAGAGAAGGACUUGAAAUUAUUAAAAAUACCCUGCUCAAUUAUUAA